UCCUUUACGGUAGUGGUACUGAUGCGGGAUGAGUCAGGCUAUAUCAUGCUGCUGCUACUGCUGCCAUUUCAUCAGCAGCGAAAAGCCCACAAACACACAGCAAACACAGACAUGAUACCUCGGGAUUCCCCUCUGACAGCGCUCAUCCUGCCUUCAUAAACCCCCUGCAGAGAGAGAGAGAGAGAACCAGCCUGGCGCGUCGUUUCUUCUCCACCCUGUUAAGAAAAGCGCAUGAUCCGGUUUUUCUUAUUUUGGUCACAUCGCACCUGCUCUGAGUCUGGAUGCGUUUUUCCUCUCUCUCUACUCUCCAUCGGGGCCUGACAUUAGCAAAGGAAAUCAGCCCUUAGCUCCAGGGGCCUGCAAGUGUAUACAGCAGCCUGUGUUUUUCAAGACAAACACCGAGUCUCGGAGGCGGUGUCAGAGAGUCGGCUGCUUUCCCUGCGUCCUGAGGAUCGAUCCAGACAGACUCGACGGUGCCAUGGAGCCCACAUCAGCCUGGUCCUGAGCGGUACAAGGGUACAAGGGAACAAGGAAGCAGUCUGGCCUGAACAACACUCCUGCUCCAAAUUGACAGACAGACCGACAGACAGACCGACCCAGCGCUGAGAGCGACAGACAGGCACAGCCGAAGUCAUGGAGGCGAUCUGGCUCUACCAGUUCCGUCUGAUCGUCAUCGGGGACUCCACCGUGGGAAAGUCGUGUCUGAUCCGGCGGUUCACGGAGGGUCGCUUCGCCCAGGUGUCGGACCCCACCGUCGGCGUUGACUUCUUCUCCCGGCUGGUGGAGAUCGAGCCCGGGAAGAGGAUCAAGCUGCAGAUCUGGGACACGGCGGGUCAGGAGCGCUUCAGGUCCAUCACCAGGGCUUACUACCGCAACUCUGUCGGUGGGCUCCUCCUCUUCGACAUCACCAACCGCCGCUCCUUCCAGAACGUCCACGAUUGGCUGGAAGAGGCUCGCAGCCACGUCCAGCCGCACAGCAUCGUCUUCCUAUUGGUGGGCCACAAGUGUGACCUGGAGGCACAGCGCCAGGUAACUCGCCAGGAAGCAGAGAAACUAGCGGGGGCAUACGGAAUGCGCUACGUGGAAACAUCGGCCCGUGACGCCAUCAACGUUGAGCACGCCUUCACCGAGCUGACCAGAGACAUCUUCGCGUUGGUGCGGUCUGGAGAUAUCACAAUCCAGGAGGGCUGGGAGGGCGUGAAGAGCGGGUUUGUCCCCAACGUGGUCCACUCUUCGGAGGAAGUAACUAAGAGUGACCGCCGCUGUCUAUGUUGAUCUGGGGAAGAGUUUUGGGACUGAAGGUGAAAAGAGGAGGGAUCCUGGAAGGAUUCAGAGGGAAGUGGGGCUGACGGACUAGGGCAUCAGCCCUGUGACUGAACCGUCAGGACCCUUCUGUUGUUCCUUCUGCAGACUGGAUACCUAAGCGGGUGAUGGAGGGAUUCAAUGAAAUGGCUGGUAGAAGUCGGGCAAAACAUCUUAACGUUGGUGGAUCAUUGACAGACUCUGCCCAUUUCUGUGUACCUUUGAUUUCUUGGGGAGGAACGAUCACAGAUGCCCGUUUACUCGUGAUGGCUCCCAUGAUUCCGUUUCUUCAGUUUUGGUUUGAGAUUUUUGCCGGGGAAUCCCUCCCUGAAAGUCUUUGAAAGGCCUUAGAAAGAGGAUCCAUUUUGGGUUCUUCACCAACAUGUGACAACACUCUUGACUAGUUUUAUCUUUCUUUCUCCCAUCAAUACUUCCCUCCACUUCUUAAUACUGUCCUCUCCUCCAAUAUGCAAUUACAUGAUCACAUACAAAACGAUCACUCUUACGUUGGUUUCCAAACAUCCUCCUUGCAGAUAUCAUUUGAGAGUUAAGUCAGCAACUUUAGGUUCAACCUCCUUCAUUAACAAGAGUUGUGUUUCUCUUUAAGCUGACAUUUUGCUCCACAUUCCACCAUCAGAGCUCAAUGGAGGAGUCCUGGAGGUCCUGAAACAAGGGGAGACUGAUUCUCUUCCCAGAACUGUGAUUUUUGUCCCCAGAGACCAUACUAUUCCUCUUUGGAGCAACUAGGGCCUCCAGUGAGCUCAAUGACAUUAGCCGGAUGGUUAUAUCUAUUAUCAUUCUGCUAAAUAUUGCGCUUUAACAAAACAUCAUUACCCAUCUAACUCCUUAAGGACUCCCUGAAGCAGGAAGAAGCAAUGUGUACAGCUAAACUGACAGAGGUGGACUUGAUAAGGCACACCAGGUAAGAAUCCUGGAGCCAGAAAGCACCUUACCUGCCAAGUCCACCUUAACUCUGGAGCUUAGGGACUUCUGAAGGGUACUAAACAAGCUGGAGAUUAUUUAUUUCUUGUAAGCAAAGCAGAGAGGUACAAGACUCCACAAGAGAACCACACUACCCACAAUGCACGCCUAUGGACAACAUAAUCAUGCAUAGAUAGUCUCAUUGGCAGGCAUUGAAUCGAGCCAACGGAAACACAGGCACGAGGGGAACUACGAGGUUAACUACGAGGUUACUUUUUCUCCUGAGCAAGCGGUUUACAUGCCUUUAUGAUAUGUGUGCUAAAGUGUAAACUCUCAUCCAACUUCUGUUUUCAUUUCAAUUCACUCCAUUGCUACAGAUUGGCACAAAGGGCAUAUGUUCAGGUAUUUCUUGCAGGUCGAAAAUCUUACUUACACGGCCAAACUUUGAAACCAUGCUUCGGAAGUGAGCUGAGAAUGUUUAAAUCCACGCAGAGUACUUUUAGAUUCAUCACUUGCCAGGUUAAGAAGCUUGGCAUCAUAGUCCACUGGGAUUUGGCUGACAAAGUAUUUGCUGACAUGUUAAUUCAUUAGGGUUUAAGUUUGUCAUAUUGGGUAGCAUACUGCAAUUCUGGGCAAUAAAAUAUGUAAGGGAUGGAGAGAUGGUUUAACUCAGUUGGUCAUGCAGUCUCCUGUGAACAGAGGCUACCUUCCUUGUCGCACUGGUCAUGGGAUUGAGUCCCAGUCCUGGCAUGAUUUGGUGCAAGUCAAUCUCCGCACAUUUCCUGUCUCUCUCAAGCUGUGCUAUAAAUAUGGAUUGUUGUGCAGAUUAGAGUCGUGACAGGCUGAGCAAGACCUCUAUGCUUCAUAUCAGGGUCUUGACAGGCCUGUAAAUGUCUCCAUUUCCCCUUUUUGCCACAAUGACAAUAGGCAGAGGUCAAAUGAAUCAGAUCUCUUUUGCAGGAUUGGUUUGAUUUGACAUGUGUGAUCUGCUUUCUUGUCUCUGGCGUCCCUUAGCUAUUAAGAAUUGAUCCCUAUUCUUAUGAGGUUUUGACCAAUCAGAAACAAGUAUUUAACUCAGCCAGGAAACAAAAAAGGGGAAGACACCAAAGUUACGUGAUCAGCUUUCCAAGAAUCCGAGAAAUGCAUGACUAGAGUUGAAGCCUCUUUUCUGCCCAGUGUGCAAAUUUACCCUCUCACUAGGCAAUGCUUUUACAAAUGCAUUAAAGGUUUAACAUUUUCACUCAAGAUGUUUGGCCAUUUCUUGUGAGAAGACAAAAAAAAAAAAAGGGUUUAUAAGAUUUUUGAAUUGGGCGCAGACAAACAUAUUUUUAAAAGCACAGGACUGUUUAUCUGUCUCAUGUUAUUCUCAGCUACAUUAACUGAACGCCAAUUUUGGCAUUUAAACCCAACCAACUGUUAGCAAAUUAGCGUGUGAAUCUAUAUUCACCUUGUGCUUAAUGUGUUCCCACAUUUACUCAAUAUUUGUAGCUUUUUUUUUACCCUGAUCUGAUACACUUCCACAUGAAUGCCUCAGUCUCUGCUAUAUCUGGUUUAUCCCAUGCCUUUCAUCGUGCAGUUAAUAACUUACAGUCCUGCGUCGAUCUGUUAGGAAACUGUAAGUGCUUCAUUUCUCACACUGUAUGCCUUCUUUUGACAUGUCUCCAAAGAUUUCUGCUCAUGUUACCUUCUUUUUUUUUUAACAUGAAUGUAUCAGAUGGAAAAAGGUGAGAUUUUUACACCGGCUUGUCAGAUGAAAUGUGUGUACGAGGAAGAUUUACAGUCCAAAUGAGAUCAUUUUCCUUACAAAAGCGUGACGUUUUGGGACUUGAUUGAAGAUUAUUGAAAUGACGGUCCAUUACCAUAGCUAUACGCGAUUAAACGGAAAAGACUGACUUGAAAGUAUCCUACGAAGAAUAAAGAGAAAGCCUGA